AUGCCACUCCCAUCCGGCUGUGGUGUGUGCGGCAACAAAGAUGGACUUCUUCGUUGCUCUAACUGCAAGGUCAUGAUGUACUGUGAUGUCGAGCACCAGGCCGCCCACUACAACGCGCACAAGUCUGCUUGCAGCGCUAUCAGAAGAUGUCGUGCUGCUAUGGAGAAAGAAGAACAGGCCUUACGGGAUCAUCCAGGUUAUAUGUUACUGCCAGCUGAUGUCUUCACUCACGGCGUCGGAAACUUCUGGGGGAUCUUCGACACCCGCCCUUACAUGAGAUCCCGUAGUGCUCUAUAUGAUGCAAUGAGACAUGUUAAGAACAUUGAAUCGCUUCUAGCACAACUCGACAUCCUGAUGGAAAACCUGCGGCUCUGUCGAAGCGACAACAUGGGCUGGCGAGACGUCAUCCCCGGCCUGAUGAUUCGUCUCCAGCAGGACCAGGAAUGUUAUGAUUUUCUGAAGUGGUGGGCUACGACCUUCCAGAAGGAUAACUAUAAUUGGGGUGACAAUACUCUGCCGUACCUUGACAUCAUGAACGCCAAUCCCCUCGAGCCAGUCGACAUGUUCUGUGACAAGUUGUUUGAUCUUCCCAUAUUGUCGCUGUGA